AUGAAGCCUAACCCUUACGUGGACGCCGCGGAGAGAAGCCGGGUGUACUCCACCGCUGACGUCACCUGUCUGCUGCGUGACGUCAGAAACCGCUUCCUCACCUUCGUCCACCACCGCUCAAAAGCGACCCCUGGCGACUCUCCCCUGGUGGAGAACGAGCAGCUAGCCGUCGUGCUGGACCCCUGCCAUGGAGAGAACGUGUCGCACGUGCUGGAGAGCGUUGCUCCCACUCUUCGCGUCUGUUGCCGAGAGUUACACGGGACUUGGAGCACCAUGCCUAGCACCGUACUCCUACCCUUCUACACACCCGAGCGCUGGCGGCUCGUCGCCGCGCAAAUGGAUUACGAGAAGCGUUCGGCAAUUAUCUUCUGGAUCGAUCCCCGGGGCAGGGGAGCGUUUCCAAGGCGUCUCAUGGAUUCAAUUCGUUUUCCAUUGGCGAAUUACAUCUCUGAGUUUACGCAGAUUCAGUGCGGGUUGACAAACGCGCAUACGACACAACCGGAACGGCCCUUCGUGAUGAUCAACGCACGGGAGUUGGAAGAGGACAUCCAAGGGUACGGUGUGAACGAGAUCGACAGCGGACCAAUCGUCGUGCAGAUCGUGAGGGACUUCAUCCUGGGGACGAGCGUCCCUUCCAUCCUACCUGCGUGCGACCCUCAACAUGAGGACCAAAUGGCGGAAAUUCGCGAAGCAGACUUGAAGGUUCUGAAAGAAGUCAGACUCCACAACUCCGACUAUAUCGAGAGAGAGAAUGGGGAAGAACUCUUCAUAAGAUGAUUUCAAUGAUUAUAAUAAUAAAAAAUGAUA